GCGCGCAUACCAAGCGGCAGGUAGAGGAGAACAACUGUGGACCGAGCUCAGCGGAGACUUCUUCCAUAACUCAUCUCUAUUUAUUUAUUUAUUUAUUGUUUGAGGAGUAUUUAUUAUUUAUCUGUCGAAGAUGAACGGGGUAACGAGGAGUCUGUGCACAUUUGAAGACAUCAGAAAUCAAGAACACACAGACGGGUGCAGACGACUGCGGCUCACUCUCCACAACCAGAGCGAAGCCACUCAGAGCACAGAGCAGCACAGAGACAAGCCAAUUGGACGAGCUUAUGCGCUAGUGCAGCCCACCAGCGACAGGACAGCUUUGAACCCCGAACCAGCGAAAUCAACAGAGGAACAGGUGGAGAUCAUCAAGGUUUAUUUAGAAGCUCACAGAAGCGAGCAGCAGAAGCAACAACAGAGCCUCAGGAUGCUGUCAGAUGAAGUUUCACAGAUACAGGAGGUGAGAUAUUGCCUUAAAACUCUGAGGGAGCAGAUGGCUGCCAAAAAUAAGCUGCACACAAAUGGGUGGAAGGUCGGUAAUCCCUUCAGAAAGAAUGUCUCGCCUGCUCCCAAAGGAGGAGAAAAAGCUGACGGGCAGGAUCCAGAUGAUGAAGCAGAGAGAAACAAGCUGAGAGAAGUCAGCAAGCGUUUAUAUGCACAGCUGCAGGAAGCAGAGAAGAAACAUCAGGAAGAGAGAGAAAAACUGCAGGCUGAAGGUAGUAGGCUUAGGGAUCGCCUGAGCAACCAGGAGGAGAAGCUGAGGAUUACAGAAGAAGCCAGUGAGAAGAAAGACAAACGCAUCGAAGAGCUCCAGAGGCUGCUGGGAGGGAUGGAGCAGGAGAGCGCCUCUCUGAGGGGGACAAUCCGCAGCCGGGAGGACGAACUGCGCGAGCUGCGAAAGAUCAGAGAGGAGGGCCACAAGGAUGAGCAAAGGGCUGAACAGUUGGAGAAGGAGUUGGCGAUUCUCAAAGAAAAAAUCCACCAUCUGGAUGACAUGCUGAAAAGCCAACAGAGAAAAGUCAGGCACAUGAUUGAGCAGCUCCAGAACUCGCGCAUGGUGAUCCAGGAGCGAGACCGAGUAAUCAAAGAGCUGGAGGAGAAAGUGGCAUUUUUGCAGGGCGAGAAUCGAGAAAUGAAAGACCAGAUAGACUACUUUCUGGGUGGACAAAGGUCAAAUUCCUACCUUUCACCAGAGCACAACCCCCAAAUUGUUUAUAGUAAACCACUCAAGCCGUCCACUUCCUCUAACAAGCCACUUCCUUUCAUCAAAGUCAUUGAGAUUAAGUCAUGAAGCUCUUGUGCAGAUGAGAUGAGGCCCAGAACCCCAAAACAGUUUCAGUGCAGACUGAAUUCAAACUGCAGCACAACAAACCACCACAUCAGACUGAGUUAAUAUCAUAGAGAUCGGACCUGAGCCUUCCUACUCUGCAGCUCUAACAGUUCCACUAACAGGUAUAUGAAGGACACAGUGGGGUGUUUGGCAGCAAACACUGCGCAUGUGUGUAGUGAAUGUGUCAUCUAUAUUGUAACUGCUUUAAACAUACUGAUGUGUCUUUUGUGUUUCACUUAUAAUACUGUAAAGUAUAUGCAAAUGUUCUACUUUUCCUGCCCUGUUUUGAUCAUUUGCUUUACUAUUGAGUUUAUGAGGUCGUAUUAAAACAGAACUGUUGAUGGCAGAUCUUUCUCCAAGCUCAUGACAUCGUUAAGUUCAUAAGCAGUAGUGUAGCAUAAAUAUACUGUAACCAACUGACAGAUCAUGCAGAAAUCAUUAGCUAGAUUACCUAAAUGAUGUGUCUUUGUACUCAUUAGUCACUAAUGACUCUGUUCACAUUCAUAUGUGAAUGGUAUACCUGAAUGUGUAAAUGCUGACUGUGUAAUUAUGACAACAGCCUGUCAUAAUUAGGCUGUUCAUUUUUUUUGGCUCUUUGAUAUUCUAUAAAUAACUGAAUGAUCUCAAAGACCCCCAAUAAUGAUAGGGCACUAUGAAACCGUACGGACGCAGAAGUAAAAAUGAAGAUGUUUGGCUGCAUUGCUGUUUUAUUAGUGUCACUACCCUCAAUUCAUCCAGCAUUUCAGAUCCCUGCUGUGCAUAUUAAUGAAUGUGUUCAUUUUUAACAACCUUUUCCUUUGUAUUUAUUUAAAACCUCUUGAAAUAAGACUUUUUUGUAUAAAUUGUUUCUAAAUCUGUUUUCUGUGUUUGUGGUUUUCUGAAUAAAUGCUUUAAUUUUAAA